GUAUAUAUGCAGGAAUCUGACUAUUUAUCUAGUGUGUGUAUUCUUUCCAAGACAGUCUGUGUUUCUUAUCCCUGAGUGAUGAGGAUGGACUCCCCCCACCCCGCAUGCUGAAGAUUUCCUGCCUCCAAACUUUUCUAUCUUGACACUCAGAAGAUUCCCGUUCUUCCCCCUUAGAAGGGAUGAAAAGGCCUGAACGAUCCGACAGAGAUCUAAAAAGCUCCUAUUGAAUCUGCGUGGAAACUGGAAAGGAGAUGAAUAACAGAAGGGAAGAAAGAGCAAAGUUGGUUAUUUUUCUGGCGCACGGAUGCAAUUACACUCAGUGCAUUCCAGAGGCGUUCCUUUGAAUGCUGUGCAGGUCUGCCUGCCAUUCCUGGGAGAAAGGAAGAAAAAAGGAAGGAAAAAAUCUCUCUCUCUCCUGGAGCGGCAUGUCUGCACUUUCCAUCCUCUUUCUAGCUUUCUGCUACAUUUGGGUGUCUGAGGCUCAGACAGAAUUUAAGAGGGUGGCCGAAGAAAACGUUACCCUGCCCUGUCACCACCGGCUGGGCCUCCUGGAGCCAAAAAGUCUGGAUAUUGAGUGGCUACUACAAGUUUCUGAAGUGGACCAGAAAGUGGUUAUUACUUACUCUGGAGGCAAGGUUUAUAACGACUUUAAGGUUGAGCAGAAGGGUCGCGUUUCCUUCAACUCUAAUUUCCUAGCUGGAGAUGCCUCCCUACAGAUCAUAUUUUUGCAGCCCAGCGAUGCGGGACAGUACACGUGUAAAGUUAAAAAUGCCGGGCAGUAUGAAUGGACUCACAUCACGCUGAAGGUUCUAGAGAAGCCUGCCAAGCCCAAAUGCUGGAUAGAAGGUGAUUUAUCUGAAGGAAAGGAAGUCUCCUUGCAGUGCAAUUCAGCCUCUGGCACAGCUCCUAUCACAUACCAGUGGCAGCGCAUAACUGAUGAGGAAGGAAAAGUUGGACACCUCCCACCCACGUCACGAGUCAAUAUUUCUAACCCUGGGCAAGUCCUGCUGAAGAAUCUCACGCAGAUGGUUGCGGGGUCCUACCAAUGCACUGCCUACAAUGAGGCUGGACAGGAAAGCUGCACUGUGCAAGUGAAAGUGCGGUAUGCACAAAAUAUCGGGAUGGUUGCUGGAGCAGUGACUGGGGGGCUGGUGGGAUUGUGCCUGAUUCUGCUGAGUGUGCGGCUGACUAUGAAGAGGAAGGAAAAGAAGAGAUAUGAAGAAGAAGACACCCCAAAUGAAAUCAGAGAAGAUGCAGAGGCCCCAAAAGCCCGUCUAGUCAAACCAGGCUCCUCUUCUUCUGGCUCCAGAAGCUCACGUUCAGGCUCUUCCUCGACAAGAUCAACAGCCAACAGUGCCUCUCGCAGCCAACGGACUUUGUCAACGGAGGCCACCCCUCACAUAGCUCCUCCGCGGUACAGCCAGAUGGAUGCCGAAGGAAAGGAAACGGAUCCAAAGAAAGUCAAUCACGCAAGCCUGAAGAAAACAGGAGCCAACCCCAUCAUGGUGCCUGCUCAAAGCCGGGCCUUCCAGACUGUCUGACUGCUUGCCAGCUGUCCUGAGACUCCUGCCUUUCAGAGCUACUGUACACAUCACACGUCCUAUUUGAAGUGUUAGAUUAGCUUGUUAUCUUGCAGGUCAGCUUAUUUUUAAUCACUCGCACCAGGAAGUCCUGACCUUCGACUGUCUACAUAUUCCUGCACUGAGUUUCCAAUACAGUUUUUUAAAAAAGGAACUGAAGCUGAGG